UGGAAAGCCUAAAUUCCCUUCAAGAGAGCUACCAGACUUUUCCCUGUGAAGUACUGCUCCGUGCUCCGGCGAGUCAGGAGAGCAGACGGACCACCGGAGGAAGACACAGACGCCAAGGCGAUGCCGCGCGACGGAAACAGCUCGACAGAGGGGGCGCUCACUCUUCCUCACCCCUUCCUCUCCCGCCUGUCCCCCAGCGCCGAUGUCGGCAUUGCUGUCUACCUCUCCCUGACUGGUGUGCUGUCAGUGGCAGGUAACGGAGUGGUGUUGACUGUGUUCAGUCGGAAGCGCAGCCACCUCAGGCCACAGGAACUCAUGGCCAUGAACCUGGCUGUCUGUGACUUUGGAUAUUCCCUGUUGGGGGCGCCCUUUCUCAUCUCUUCCAGCCUGGCCCAUAGCUGGAUGUGGGGUCAUGCCGGGUGCGUGUGGUAUGGGGUGCAGGGCUUUGUGUUUGGGAUCGGCAGCCUCAUCACCACCGCGCUCAUCAGUCUGGACCGCUGCCUCAAGAUCUGCAGCAUCCGCUACGGCCAGUGGGUAGAGCGCAGGCACAUCGGGCUGUUGAUUGUGGGUGUGUGGCUCUACACUGUCACCUGGGCCUUGCUGCCAGUGUUCGGGUUUGGCAGUUAUGGACCAGAGCCAUUUGGAACCAGCUGUACUAUAGACUGGUGGAGGAUGCGUUUCUCCCGCACUGACAGGCUGUACGUGUGUCUGAUCAUGACGCUGUGUUUCGGGCUAUCCACCCUCACCAUCGCAGGGUCAUACCUUGCCAUCCUGAUACAGGUGCGCCGCUCUGGGCGCUCGUUGGCAGCGAUUCCCUCUUCUGCUGUCACUCAUUUCAGUAAGGAGAUGAGACUGACUAAGAUCGCUGCAGUCAUUUGCUCCACCUUCCUCCUGGCCUGGACUCCCUACGUCAUUGUGUCCCUUUACUCUGCUCUUGGAGGAAUCAAAGGAAGGAGUGAGGGAGAAGGAAGAGGAGCAGGUGGCUUCUCAAACUCCACAGAACAGGCAGAGUCCUGGAGCUGGGGAACCGAGUAUGGCAACUGGACAUCGGAUUCACACUGGAGAACCAGUCCGAGCUAUGGAUCAGAUGCAGGCCUGAGCUCACUGCCUCCAGAGGUGUCUGUGAUCCCGGCGCUCCUCGCCAAGUCCCACUGCGUGAUCAAUCCCUUCAUCUACCAGGCGAUGAGCAAGGAAUUCAGGGCCGACGUGUCCGAUCUGCUCCUGGGGGGAAGGAGGAGGAGGAAGAGAAGGAUCAGGAGCCGAGGGAGAGAGGGAAGGGAGGAGAGCGGAUCAGAGAGAGCUGGAGGUGAGGAGAGUUGACACAACCAGAAUGAAUUGUGAAUGUAGUCUGUUUCUCUCUAUCUUUACACUGGACUUAA